AUGGAAGGACAGGCGGACGCCGAGCCGGGAGCUGGGCAGCAGCUGCAGCACCAAAGGCAGCGAGCAGAGGACGAGCAGAGGCUGUGGCAGGGAGGCCAGGUCAGGAACACGCUGCACCUCAUCUCCGCCGUGGCUCAGUGGAUUUUGCUGCUUGCCUGCCUGAUUUACCUGGGUGUACAUUUUCUGCGGCCCUCAAAGCCCCAGAGUGACAAAGUGCUGUGGACCUACAUCCGCUACUCAGGCAGGAGCAGCAGAGGAGCAGCCGUGAACCUCAGUGCGGAAUCCGGGCCCAUCCGGAUCCGGAACGGCUCCAUCCUGGUCCCCUGCGAUGGCCUGUACCUCGUGUCCCUCAACAGCUCCAUCGACCUGGAGGAGGAGGGGGACUGCCUGAAUCUGACCCUGCAGGGCACCAGCAGCGUCCUGUGGGAGCAGAUUGUCCAGAGCAACAACAGCAGAGUGAACUUCACCUCCGUGCUCUACCUGUUUGAGCAGGACAGCGUCACGCUGUGGACCAGCGCCAACGCCAUCAUCGCAGACCUGUCCCUCAGCCUGGUGCUCGUGGCUGAGAACAAGUACUAGCUGCAGGGGCUGGAGCAGGAAGGGCAGCACGGACAGCACAGCUUCCCCAUCAGCUGUAGGUUUUGGACUUGCACAGGCAGACUGCUCUAGAGCCCCUCUCUGGGGCUGUGGAGGGCUCGGUGGGAGUGCAGAAGAACCACAGGUUUUAUACAGUGCACUCAGGAUUCGCCUCUUUGGAGCUCUGUGCAGCUGAUUUGCUACCCAGGAUGGAUCUUUCCAACACUGGGGAAAGGGAUGCGUGGAGCUCUUGAGAUGAACAGAAAUGAAAGCCAAAGAAAGUCACCCAAGCUUAGCUCAUAUUCAGAGAAACCCCAGGUUUCUCUAUUUACUUGACAGUAUCUGUAUAUAGUAGGAAUGUGUUGUGUUUUCUCUCUGGUGAGUCAGGAAGAAACCUCAAGUGUCCUGAAGCCAUUUGGAGCAGGAGGAGAACGAAUCUGCCUGCCAAGAUGGAAAACAGGGGAAAGGCAGCAGGGAAUGCCUUUGGAUUGAGCCAGAAAGGCUGUCUGAGAGGAAGGGCUGUGAGAGAAGGUGGAGUGUGGAAAUGAGCUCGCAGGAGUGCACUGGGCAGCAGGAGCACUGACUGUGGAGUUUUGGGGAGCAGCCUUUGAGAACAGAGCCCCUCUGGCUCUUCCAGCUGUCUGCAGACUACUGAAGCCCGAGCCCAAGGAGCAUCUGCUGGGACAUUCACAUCUUGAGAUAUGAGGCCUCAGAGGAAAACCUCCUUCAAGCACACACACGCUGGCUUGACCCAAAAGCAAUCCAGGCACAUAAAAAGUUGGGCAAAAGUGAAGACUUCUGGAUGU